UGAAAAUUGUGUGCACGGCAUCAUGGCGGCCACGGCCGAGAAGAAGCCACCGGUGGUGGGGAGGUUACCGGAGGCGGCAACGAUCGCGGAACCGGGACUGUCCGGUACCGCUGCCAACAACCAAACGCAAAACAAUCAACCGGACGAAAUACACUACGUCAACCCGUUCGUGCACAAGCUCGUAUGGGACGAUCCGGUCGACAAGGCAAAGACCGCACUGCUGACGGUGAUACUGCUGCCAUUCCGUGUUGUGCUGAUACUGGUAUGUCUGGUGGUGGCAUGGGCCCUCGCCAACAUUGGCCUUUACGGGCUAUCCAAAGAGGAUCUGCGCAACAAACCGUUGGCAGGUUGGAGGCGCCAGCUGCGCCAGCUUACCGCGCUCGUGAUGCGUACCCUAUUCCUGUUCGGCUCGUUCAACUAUAUCCGGUACAAGGGCGUACGGGCGUCACCAAAGGAAGCGCCCGUUAUCUGUGUGGCGCCCCAUACCGCAUUCUACGACUCCGUUUGCGUCGUCCUGUUUGGACCGUCGGCCGUCGUCGCCAAGUACGAGACGGCUUCGCUGCCAUUCUUCGGAAAAUUGAUCGACUACGCCCAACCGAUCUACGUGUGCCGGGAGGAUCCACAUUCGCGCCAGACAACGAUCCGGGAAAUUAUACAGCGCGCCAACUCGAAGGAGGACUGGCCCCAGAUAUUGAUCUUCCCAGAGGGUACCUGCACGAACCGAACGUCGCUGAUUAAGUUUAAGCCGGGUGCGUUCUAUCCGGGCGUACCGAUCCAGCCGGUACUGAUGCGCUACCCGAACAAGGUCGACACCGUGACCUGGACCUGGGAGGGCCCGAAUGCCAUCCAGCUGCUAUGGCGCACACUGACGCAAUUUCACACGUUUUGCGAAAUCGAGUUCCUGCCGGUGUACUACCCGAACGAGGCGGAGAAAGCCAAUCCGAAGCUGUACGCAGAUAACGUGCGGAUGUUGAUGGCAAAAGCGCUAGAUAUUCCGAUCUCGGACUACACCUUUGACGACUGCAAGCUGAUGACGUUUGUGAAGAACGUGGGCAUGCCCCAUCCGGCAGCGAUCGCCGACAUCGAGAAACUGCGCGGAACUCUCAAAAUUGACAUUGCCGAUCGGGAACGCAAGAUUGUGACGAGUCAGCGUGAGUUUACCGAUGCUAACAGUUUGCUCACGUACGCACAGUUUACCGCACAGAUGCAGAUCGAUCCGGCGCAGGAAGCGGCACAAAAUCUGUUUCAUAAAUUGCACAGGCCCGAAUUGCCCGACGUUAUUGAUUUCAGAGAGUAUCUUUUACUUGCCUUAUUUCUGGUCACACUGUACAAGCCGAAAUUAAACUUUGUUGAAUCUCUGUUCCACCUGUACGGUGUCGAUGGACGUGUGGAUCGUAAUCAGCUACACGACACCCUAAAGUAUCUCGUGCGCAUUACGCGCAAAGAGGUGAACAGUAUCUUCCUGCUGGCGGAUCACGACAAUCUUGGCACCAUUGACUUUAAUCAAUUUCAAAAAGCAAUCGAGCAUAAUUCGCUACUAGCAAAGCUGCAGAAAAAUAACGAUCCCAACAACUUAAGACUGGGCUGAAACAAUC